AUGGCUAGCCGACAGCUCCAGAAAGGUGGUCAGCCUCAGUAUUUUUAUUUGAACCACCCUGUCCGUUACAUCUACCUUAUUGGAGUCGUUGUAGCUGUAAAUGAGAUCAACCUGAGAUACACCACACUCACCCUCGACGAUGGAAGCGGCGACACCCUCGAAGUCAAGAUAAAACGCCUCCCACCAGAGCUAUACAACCCCGUCGACAGCCCAUCAAACACCGAAGUUGAUAACCUAGACGUCCUCAGCGGGCUGGGGCGGUUCGAUGUCACCGUAGACGGCCACACCGUGGAUGUUGGUACCGUCAUCAAGGUCAAAGGCACGAUCUCUGAGUUUCGGGGCUUGAAGCAGCUAGAGCUGAAGAGAAUAUGGGUUGUGUCGACGACCGACGAAGAGGUGAAAUUCUGGAAAGCUCUUGCUACGUUCAAAAAGGAAACUUUGGGCAAGCCAUGGCACCUCAGUAGUACUGAGGGUGAGAAACUCAAGAAACGGUUGAAGUUCGAGCAGAGGAAAGCAAGAGAGUACGAGCGGCAAAGGGCGGUGCACGAGGCUAAGAAGAUAGAACAGAGGAAAGCGCGCGCAGAGUAUGUGGCGCAGAAGGAGGCCAAGUAUGAGAUGCGGCGUCGAAAGGAAGAGAUCAUAAUGAAUGCAGGAGCUUUGAUAUGAUGCCUGACCAGUUAAUCCAAAUCACAAUAUAUGGAUAUUAUUAGCCACUUUGUCACCUUU